AGCCGGGUCAGGGCUGGUGAGCGAGGGCAGCAUGGAUCCUCUCCUGGAGGAGUACACGUCUCCGUUUGACUUUGAGCAAGGCGUCAACAACAGCUACCUCUACCUCUCCCCAGACCUCAACGUCACCCCGCCCGGCUCGCCUGGGGCGGCUGUCCGAGGUGCCCAGAGGCCAGAGUCGCUGGCCGAGGUGGGGGAGGACGCGGUGACCACGGUGGGCCAGUCUGCCCCCGCCCUGACGGAGCAGGAGAAAGAGGAGCUAAGAGAAGAGCUGGCAAAGGUGGAGGAUGAGAUCCUGACCCUGUCCCAGGUCCUGGCUGCCAAAGAGAAGCAGGUGGCGGAGAUGAAGAGGAAGCUAGGCAUCACCUCCCUCAACGAGCUCAAACAGAACCUGACCAAGGGCUGGCAGGAGGUCACGACCUCAGCCGCCUAUAAGAAGACCUCAGAGACACUGUCUCAGGCGGGCCAGAAGGCCACAGCAGCCUUCUCCAGCGUGGGCUCUGCCAUCAGCAGGAAGCUGGAGGACGUCAGGUUGCAGUCCAAUUCCUUUGGCAUACGCUCUUUGCAGCACUCUGCUAGCAUGCCGGUUAUGAGAAACACGCCCACCUUCAAGUCAUUUGAGGAGAAAGUGGACACUUUAAAGACGAAGAUAAGUCCAACAGUGUCUCAGGGUGAUCUUGAGGAGGAGGGGAACGCCACGCCGACCUCCGACCCUGUGGUGACCCAGCCGGAAGCCUCCCCCAUUCAGGACGGACAGCUCCACUGAGACCAAGCUCCCCUCCCUGACCACCCCUCCUCAUGACCCUUGACCUACUGCCCUGCGUUUCCUCCACAAGACCUCUCCCCCCUGCCCCCUGUCUCUGAACCCAGUCUGUCCACCUUUUAUUCUCUGCCUAUCCUCUGCCUGUCCUCCUCCAGCACUAAACAGCACCUAACACCAAAAAUGUUUUCAGAAAAUGACCAUUCGAAGAACCCUUAAAACUUAUAAGAUUGGAUAAAUGAGUUUUCAUUAGAGUUGAAGUACUAUUUAGGCACCUGCACAUAACAGACAAUUAAAGACUAGGGUAGAAACGGGCUCCACCAAUGAUCAGUGUCCUAACAUUAAAAGUACCUUUUAUUAAUCCUAAUCUGUCUACUCUGGCCUCAAAUCCUAACAUCAAAUUGGUUCAAGUGUUUGUGUUUUCUUGUACAGAACUACCCUUGUAUUAUGGAAAAGUAGGCUGUGCUGUAUUUGGAAGCCAACUGAAUGCAUGGUAGUCAUCUUGCACUGGAAUGGAUCUAUUUUUCUCUGCAAUAUAAACUUGGUUUAAGGUGUUUGCUGCGCCCAGCAAUACUCCACUAAGCAGUCGUGAGUAGAUGAAAGAAAUAGAUUAAAGUUUAAAUCUAAUAGUAUCACCAUGCCUCUGCAACAAGCUAUGUGGGAGACUGUGAGGUUGAUUUGGGAUUGAUCAGAACUGCUUUGGCAUGAGGGUAGAUUGAAUUUGGCAUCAUUAAUCACCUAGAUCACGUUUGACUCACUGAUCCAAUACAUUAACACCCAUUUCUCACCCUACUACAUUGAUGCCAAGGCUGAACAUAUGGCCCACUGCUUAAUGCUGAUCCCGGCUCAGUUCUGCGUUCUGCUUGCAUAUCAUGAAGCCUUUCAUCUGCUGAUCCCAGAUCUGUUCUUCUGUGUGGCUGCUGCACAUCCACUGCAGAGUCCAGCCUUAACCUUAGGUCAUCGUAAUCUACAUGUCAGUUGUUCCUGUCUAGUUACUAAGCACUUCUCUUUUUUUGAUAGUGAGUAGGCCAGCCUACACACACACACAUACACCCACACAGAGACAGUCCCCUCUAUGAAGAUAGCGUGGAGAAGUCACUGGAUGUUAUUUUGCUAUUCUGUUGUUGAAUUCUUUGGAUAAGAAAACCUCCUCCAAUGUCAUGUUUACUUUCUCUGAAGAAUGUAUAAUUUUCCUUAUAUAAACUAGAUUAAUACUGGA